AAGGCAUGAAUAACGCGCUUCCUUUCCCCGACCACACUGCUGCCGUGUAUGUGUAUUGCAGUUAUCCCUUUCAUUGUUAUCAGAUUCAGGAGCACACAAUCGAUUGCUUGGUUGCUAACCGAAUUCUUCGUCAACAUCCAUUCUUCACUUCAAAUUUCAGUCUCCAUAUCAUUUUUCUUCCUUCUCCAAACGGAUUUUCUUCGUUAGGGUUUUGCACACAUGGAUUGGGGAAACGUCACGGCUGAGGAUUUGAUCGACGCCCUUCGUGAAGUGGAUUGGUCGUCGCCACCUCGCCCUCUUUCAGAAUUCUUCUCCAGAUUCUCUGUACCUAAAUCCUACUCUAGAUGGAAUAGCCGCCUCAAAUGCAAUCUCUACUAUUACAGGACCAACUAUUUCAUGUUGAUUGUUUCUGUUCUCAUAUUGGGAUUUCUUCGGAGGCCGGUUGCUAUAGUAGCUGCAUUUCUUACAGCACUAAGCCUUGCUUUUCUUAAUGACAGCUUUGCAGCCACCUUCAGCGAGAAAGUAACACGGACUGUUCGGCAAUUUUCACCACAUUUGGCAGCCAAGAUGAGACCUUCCCAUACGCCGGUUAUUCGUGGGCGCCCAUCCGGUAGGAGAGCAAUACACAUAUGUGGUCAACCUCGUUGGGUGUUUGUCUUGAUAUUUUCCUUUGCAAGCUUCAUCCUAUGGUUUGUUUCUUGUGGUCUCCUAACUGUCCUAUGGGCUCUUGCUAUUGGUCUUCUUGCUACCAUCAUGCACGCAAGUUUUAGAACUCCCAACUUGAAAGCACGCCUAAAUACAUUCCGUGAAGAAUUCCGUGCAGUGUGGCGCAAUUACAGUGAGCUGUAGCUUGAAUGGUGUGUCCUAGAUAUGGGUUGAUGAAUUUUAGAUGGAAAGUAAUUUCUUUUCGCUGGGAUGGAGCUGUUUGGGAAAGGCUGCCAAUCAUUGCAGAUCAUAGCUGAUUGUAAAGUGUCAAGAAUCUUAUUUUUUGUAAAGUAUAUCUUUGUCAUCUUCAAUUAUAUUAAGUGGAAGUAGUGUUAACAUUUUAUACAUGCCGUUAGUUUGACAUGGUCACUGUAGUGUAGAUUCUUGAUUACUUCUAUCGUAUUGGAAAACGAGUGACACAAUAAAUUUCUUUUGGAAGAAUUAUAA